AUGCAAAAAGGUCCGGUUCAUAUGUUAAGACAACAUUGGUCGAAAUUUAAAGAUGGUAAUACAAAAACAAAAAGAUUCAAUAGACCACAAAAAUGGGUUCACCCAAAGAAUCGUAUUGAGAGAUGGAAAAUUUUUGAAGGUGAUAUAGUUAAAGUAAUGGUUGGAAGAGCAAAAAAUGAAGUUGGAAAAAUUAAAAGUGUUGAUAAAUUAAGCAAUAGGAUAUGGAUUGAAAAUGUUAAUAUGGGUAGAAUGACUAAGCCUAAAAUAAAUCUCGAUAGAAUUAACCCUGAAAAUAAAGAUAAAACUGGUGGUUGGUGGUUGGCUCCCGUUCUUAAACCAAUACAUGUUUCAAAUGUUAUGCAUAUACAUCCUGAUGAUAUUAAUGAUGAAAAUAAACAAAAUAGCGAAAAGAGAGCUGUUCGAUCUGAAUGGAAAAAAGUUGAAAUUGAUGAAAAUGAAACACGAUGGAGACGUGUGAUUGCUGGAACUAAGACAGUCAUUCCUUUCCCUAAGAAACCAAAAGAACCAGAACGAGAAAAGUCACCUUUCGACACGUCAUCAGAAAUUGCGAGGCAAUUGACUUGGAAUGUAUCUUUGGAUCCUCCACUCCCACCUGGCGUAAUAGAUGAAUUACGUACUCCUUAUAAAGGCUGGAGAUACAAUGCACAAAAUAAGAAUAGACCUUUUAUUUAA